AUGGCAGAGCUCGUGGCCACCAUGGUGGUCGGGCCAUUGCUCUCAGUCGUGAAGGACAAGGUGUCCAGCUACCUGCUUGACCAGUACAAGGUGAUGGAGGGCAUGGAGGAGCAGCACAGGGUGCUCAAGCGCAAGCUGCCGGCCAUCUUGGACGUCAUUGAUGACGCCGAGCAGACCGCGUCCCACAGAGAAGGGGCCAAGGCUUGGCUCGAGGAGGUCAAGAGGGUGGCCUACGAGGCUAACGGGCUCUUCGACGAGUUCAACUACGAGGCGCUCCGCCGCGAGGCCAGGAAGAACGGGCACUAUGGCGAGCUCGGCUUCAAUGCAGUAAAGCUCCUCACCACCCACAACUGUUUUACGUUCCGCGACAGGAUGGGGAAGAAGCUGUGCAGGAUUGUGCAGGCCAUCGAAGUCCUUGUGGCUGAGAUGAACGCCUUUGGGUUUAAGUAUCAGCAGCAAGCACCAGAGUCCAUGCGGUGGAGGCAGAUGGACCAUGUUAUCUUCGAUCCGAAGAAAAUCAUCAGCAGAUCGAGAAGCCGAGAUACUAAGAAUAUUGUUGGUACAUUACUUGGUCAAGCCAACAAUGCGGAUCUCUCGGUCAUUCCCAUCGCUGGAGUAGGGGGCCUAGGCAAGACCACCUUGGUGCAGCUAAUUUACAAUGAACCUGAAAUUCAGAAGCAUUUCGAGUUGCUGAUCUGGGUUUGUGUCUCUGACAGCUUUGAUGUGGAUUCCCUGGCUAAAAGAAUAGUUGCAUUUCAUCUAGAAAAAGAUGUAGUUGAAGCAGCAGCUUCCAAGAAAAGCCCACUGGAUAGUCUUCAAGACGUACUAAGCGGGCAUAGGUACCUCCUUGUAUUGGAUGACGUCUGGAACCAAGAAAGUGAUAAGUGGGAAAAGCUCAAGGACCGCCUUACACAUGGUGCCAACGGCAGUGUGGUUCUGACAACUACUCGUGAUGAAGGAGUCGCAAAAAUAAUGGGUACAGUUAAACCCUAUAAUCUCGCAGCUUUGGAGGAUAACUUCAUAAAGGAAAUUAUCGAGACAAGAGCAUUCAGUUUGCAGAAGGAAGAAGAAAGGCUUGCUGUGCUAGUUAAUAUGGUUGAUGAGAUCGUGAAGAGAUGUCGUGGCUCUCCUUUGGCCGCAACAGCGCUGGGCUCUGUGCUGCGUACAAAGACAAGUGAAGAAGAAUGGAAGGCUAUAUCAAGCAGAAGCAACAUUUGCACCGAGGAGUCUGGAAUUUUACCAAUACUCAAGCUCAGCUACAAUGACUUGUCAUCACAAAUGAAGCAAUGCUUUGCUUUCUGUGCUGUUUUCCCCAAGGAUUACGAGAUUGAUGUAGACAAACUGAUCCAACUAUGGAUAGCACAUGGCUUCAUCCAGGACCACAAAGAAGUUAGUCCUGAAACCAUUGGCAACCGGAUUUUCAGCGAGUUGGCCUCAAGUUCAUUCUUUGUGGAUGUGAAGCAAUUGAAAGCCACAUCCUAUGAACGCAUGGUGGGGGGUAGUUAUUACAAACGUACAUGUAAAAUCCAUGAUCUUAUGCAUGAUGUUGCGCUGUCUACAAUGGAGAAUGAAUGUGGUUUUGCACCCGAGGAACCAAAUCGGAUUGAGUGGCUUCCAGAUACAGCUCGCCACUUACUUUUGUCUUGUGAAAAACCAGAAAUUGUUUUGAAUGGUUCUCUGGCAAGAAAAUCUCCAGCUAUUCAGACACUCCUGUGUGAUAGUUAUAUGGAAUACCCACUGCAGCAUUUAUCAAAAUAUAGCACUUUGAAGGCAUUACAGCUCCAUACGCGGAGAAGUCCAUUCCCCUUCAAAUCAAAGCAUCUUCAUCACCUAAGGUACCUUGAUCUCUCAAGAAGUGAUUUUGAAGCACUUCCUGAAGAUAUAAGCAUUCUAUAUAACCUGCAAACAUUGAAAAUCUCUGGCUGUCAAGAACUGCGUCGGCUUCCAAGACAAAUGAAGUAUAUUACUGCUCUCCGUCACCUCUACACUCAUGGUUGUCCAAAGAUGAGGAGCAUGCCUGGUGACCUCCGGAAACUCAUGUCCCUACAGACGCUUACGUGUUUUGUAGCAGGCCGUGCUGGCUCUAAGUGCAGCAAUGUUGGAGAGUUGCAGCAUUUAAAUCUUGGUGGUCAGCUAGAGCUAAAACAGCUAGAGAAUGUGACAGAAGAAGAUGCAAAAGCAGCAAAUCUUGGAAAGAAGAAGGAACUCCGAGAACUGACAUUAAAAUGGACUGUUGGUUCUAGGGAUGAUGCAAGGGUGCUCGAGUGUGUCAAGCCUCAUCAUGGCCUGCAGUCUCUAAGGAUAGAAUCCUACGGAGGCACCACAUUUCCAACAUGGAUGGCUAUGUCGCGAAACAUGGUUGAAAUCCAUCUCUCCUAUUGUAAAAACCUACAAUGGCUAUUCAGUUCUGGUGCAUCCUUCAGUUUUCCAAAUCUGAAGGAGUUUACACUUCGAGGUCUGGAAUGUUUGGAGGGAUGGUGGGAAUCAAGUAACAAGGAACAAGGAAAAGAGGUAAUAUUUCCUCAGCUUGAGAAGUUGCAUAUUCUUGACUGUGCAAAGCUGACAACAUUGCCAGCAACACUGCUUGGAGAAUCUCACGGUAGAAUGGCACGCUCAGCAUUUCCUACAUUGAAGGUUCUCGAAUUGAGAUACUUGAGGAGCUUUGAGAGAUGGGAUGCAGUCGAAGGACCUCAAGGAGCAGAGAUAAUGUUUCCUCAGCUUGAGGAGUUGUAUGUUGCACACUGUGGAAUGAUCAAAGCAUCAUCGGGACAACAAAAGGUUUGUCCAAAGCUGACAAUAAAAGCUGAAUCACCAAAGCUACGUGUUUUAGAGAUGCAGGGCAGUGAGGAAGAGAUGUUCCUGUGGAUAGCUAGACAUGUGACUUCACUGACCAAUCUGAAGCUGCAGAACUGUGAAGGCUCGGAAACAACCUCGGCAGCAGCGGCUGAUAAUAGUUUGAGACAAGCGAUGAGCGCCAUGGAGAAAUGGAACCGUCACGAUUUCCCUCUGGCAGACAUGGAGUUAAUUGGCUUUAAGUCAGGCAUAACCAAGCUAUGUGCAUGCUUUGUACAGCUCCAACGCUUGUGCAUCAAUGAUUGUGCCGCACUUGUCCACUGGCCAGAGAAAGAGUUCCAAAGCUUGGUAUCCUUGAGGAGUCUAAACAUUAUGUCCUGCGGACAACUGGUUGGAUACGCAGCCGAGCCAUCAACAACAACAUCAGAAUCCUCGAGUCAGCUCCUGCCACGCCUGGAGUCUCUCAAGAUAUAUGGCUGUACGAGCAUGGUAGAGGUCUUCAGACUCCCCGCGUCCCUGAGGAAGAUGACGAUUCGCGAUUGCGCGAAGCUCAGGUCCAUAUUCAGCAGCAGGAUGCCACAGCAGGGACAGCCAUCAGCAUCGGCCAUUGUUCAAGGCUCACCACCUGUAUAUUCGGAGGUGCUCCCAUGCUUAGAAGAGAUAGAUAUACGGGGGUGCGACGGAUUAACAGGGGGCCUUGAUCUUCCCCCGUCCCUCAAGCACGUAAGCGUCUAUCGGUGCAGUGGGUUGAGGUCAGUGGAAUCUCACUCGGGAGAGUUCCCGUCGCUGGAGAGCCUCUCCAUCGGGCUCUGUGAGACCCUGUCAUCCCUACCGGAUGGCCCACGAGCAUACCCGUCUCUCAGAAUGCUCAAGGUCUACGACUGUCCGGGUAUGAAGAGGCUCCCUGCUUGCCUGCAGCAACGCUUAGGUAGCCUCGAGGGGAUAACUCUAGAUGCCCAUCAUCAAGGACCUAUUCUGUCGAAGCCCAAGACAUGGAUAAAUGGCCUCUGUAGAGGUUAG